AUGCUGAUAUGGAGGCUCUCAGGAACUGCUUGUCUUCUUUGGAGCUCAAUAACCAUCCUUUUAUGGGGCCUUUAUUCGUCCAAUAGACAAGAGGGGAAUUUCUUAGCCCGCAAGUUAGAUAGAGUCCUCAUUAACCCUCGAUGGUUUGAAGAUUUCCCUAGUUCAUUCGUUGAAUUUAAAGCUCAAGGGGUAUCGGACCAUUGCCCUGCUUUGAUUUCUUUCUUUAAGGAAAAUCAUGUUGAUAGACCCAAACCCUUCAAGUUUUUCAACUGUUGGGCUAGGCAUGUGGAGUUUAUGAAUGUUGUUAAGGAGUCUUGUUGUCAUUUUGAUGACAUUUCCAAAAGAGUAAAGGAUAAGAGGGACCAGCUCGAACAAGUUCAGCUUGCAAAUAUUUCACAUGAUGGCUGCUACAUUGAUGAUAAGAAGACCCUCCAAAAUGAACUUCAUGAACUUGAGGUGGCUGAAGCUUCCUUCUACAAGCAGAAAGCCAAAAUCCAUUGGCUUAAGGAGGGUGACAGAAACACUAAAUUCUUUCAUUCUGCUGUAAUGAGGAAGAGACAGAAAAACACUAUCAGAUUGCUUUAUGCUGAGGAUGGUUCCAGGCUGGAUACUUUUGAAGCCAUGUCUGCUGAGAUGGUUAGGUUCUAUACUGAGUUACUUGGCAUUGAAGACUCGGGUGUCAAAAGUUGUGAUGUGGAUGUUCUUAAGGGGCUCCUGGUGAAGGAGGUCUCAAAUGAGGAAAUCAAAGCCUCUUGUUCAAACAAGGGAAUGAAAAGAGCCCAGGGCCUGAUGGAUAUACUGCUUAUUUCUUCAAGGUGGCCUGAGAUAUUGUCCAAGUGGAUUUUUUGGCUGCCAUCAAAGAAUUUUUUUCAGACUGGUACCUUGUUGCCUGCCUUCAAUGCUACAACCAUUGUCCUUAUGCCUAAGACUCCCAAUGCAGUUCUUGCUGCCCUGGGGCUUCUUGAUGUUUUUAGAGCUUGGAUUAGGGCUUGCAUCACUGGUGCUAGAUUCUCUGUGGCUUUUAAUGGGAGUUUAGUGGGUUUUUUAAGGAAUGAGGGGAAUCAGGCAGGUUUUGCUGAUGAUUUGCUUAUUUUCUGCCAUGGGGAUGAGAGUUCUGUUUUGGGUGUUGUUGGAGUUUUGGGGGUUUUCUAUGAGUUGCAUGGCCUUCAACUGAAUGCUGGUAAAUCCGAAUUGUUUGCUUGUGGGGUGCAUAAUGAUAUUUUGAGCAGGGUGCAAGCAAUUACUGGUUUCAAACUAGGAAGAUUUCCUAUCAGGAACAUUCUAGCAAAUGCAGGGUCACUUUGGGUGGCAUGGAUCAAAGAGUAUGCUCUGAAGGGGUCUGCUUUUUGGGAAGCCAGUCCCAAGCCUCAACUUAGCUGGAUCUUGAGAAAGCUCUUUAAACUUAAAAAUGAAGCUGUAGAUUUAUUUGGUAGUGUGGUGGACUGGAACAUAGUUAAAAGUAAAUGGGUGUGGGAGAAGCUUAGAGACAAGAGGGAGAAGUCUCAUCAAUAUGGGAAUGGACUUUGUGACCUCUGCAAUACUGAAUUAGAAGACAAAGAUCAUCUAUUCAAUGAUUGUGCUUUUGUGAGCGGUAUUUGGAGAAAGAUCCUACAGACCUGUAGAAUUCCCUACAGGAAUUUGUGUUGGAGUGACUUUCUGGAUUGGGCAACAGUCAAUUUCAGGGGUAAAUCCUUGCUAGUUAGUAUUUUGAAACUAGCUUGGAUUAGCCUGGUAUACUUUGUAUGGGAAGAACGAAAUUUCAGGCGCUUUAGAGGCUAUUCUCGGUCUGUUGAUAAUAUUUUUGACAGUAUUAGAAGAUCUGUUGGUGAUAGGAUAAAUGGUUGCAAUAUUAACAAGGCUGACAAUGUUAAUCUACAGUUUUGCCUAGAAUGGAACAUUGGCUAG